UGCAACUUCGGCCGAGAUCGCGAGAGACAGGAAGUUGUUGAGUAGGCAAGGCCUGGCAUGGAGGUUUAUAAGGCUCGGCAUCAGUCAAGGGGUAUCAUAGUAGGCUUCGAAGCUUGGCACUGCAGGUCUAAGUUCCUCGGAAUGUAUUCCAUCGCAAAGUUUGUGUUUCUGUGGUGGGCGGUUGUGGGCUUGGUCUCCGCCCACGGGUACAUGUCGUCGCCCGCCGCCCGCAACUCGGCCUGGAGGGUCGGUUUCGACGUCGCCGCCGACUACAACGACAACGAACUCUCAUGCGGCGGACGAGGAGUGCAGCACUGGCAGAACGGCGGUCGUUGCGGCGUGUGCGGGGACGACUGGCGGCUGCCGGAGCCACGACCCCACGAGCGAGGCGGACGCUUCGGCCGCGGCGUCGUGACCGCCAACUACAGCGAGGGUCAGGUCGUCCCCGUGACCAUCCACAUCUCGGCCAACCACAAGGGCUGGUACGAGUUCCGGUUGUGCAGCAACAGCGAUGCGGGCGCGAGGGACUCCCAGCGGUGUCUGGACAAGCACCUCCUCGCCAUGGCCGACGGCAGCGGCUCCCGCUACGCCCUGGACGCCUCCGUCCGCGGCGACCACAUCGUCCACGUGCAGCUGCCGAGGGGCGUCUCCUGCGCCCACUGCGUCCUCCAGUGGACGUGGACCGUUGGCAACAGCUGGGGCACGUGUCCUGACGGAGGCGAGGGCCUGGGCUGCGGUCCCCAGGAAACCUUCGUCAACUGCGCCGACGUCAGCAUCCAUCCCAAGGGCUUCCGUCCCGCCUCGAGAGUCAGCCCUAAAUUCCGGAAACCAUGGAGACGCUCGGCCUAGUUGUGACAGUACUGAUACUUAUUCAUUUAGAGUCAUUGGUUAUGAACAUACUCACACAUAAUAUUAUUAAUCAAAUAAAGUUUAAUCUUAAGUAUA